AUGUCUUCCAAGCGACCAGCCUCUCCGUAUGGGGAAGCAGAUGGAGAGGUAGCCAUGGUGACAAGCAGACAGAAAGUGGAAGAAGAGGAGAGUGACGGGCUCCCAGCCUUUCACCUUCCCUUGCAUGUGAGUUUUCCCAACAAGCCUCACUCUGAGGAAUUUCAGCCAGUUUCUCUGCUGACGCAAGAGACUUGUGGCCAUAGGACUCCCAAUUCUCAGCACAAUACAAUGGAAGUUGAUGGCAAUAAAGUUAUGUCUUCAUUUGCCCCACACAACUCAUCUACCUCACCUCAGAAGGCAGAAGAAGGUGGGCGGCAGAGUGGCGAGUCCUUGUCUAGUACAGCCCUGGGGACUCCUGAACGGCGCAAAGGCAGCUUGGCUGACGUCGUUGACACCUUGAAGCAGAGGAAAAUGGAAGAGCUCAUCAAAAAUGAGCCAGAAGAAACUCCCAGCAUUGAAAAACUACUCUCAAAGGACUGGAAAGACAAGCUUCUUGCAAUGGGAUCAGGGAACUUUGGCGAAAUAAAAGGGACUCCUGAAAGCCUAGCUGAGAAAGAGAGGCAACUCAUGGGUAUGAUCAAUCAGCUGACCAGUCUGCGAGAGCAGCUAUUGGCAGCCCAUGAUGAGCAGAAGAAACUGGCUGCAUCUCAGAUUGAGAAACAGCGCCAGCAAAUGGAGCUGGCGAAGCAGCAGCAGGAACAGAUUGCAAGACAACAGCAGCAACUUCUGCAGCAACAACACAAAAUCAAUUUGCUUCAGCAACAGAUCCAGGUUCAAGGUCAGCUGCCGCCAUUAAUGAUUCCCGUAUUCCCUCCUGAUCAACGGACACUGGCUGCAGCUGCCCAGCAAGGAUUCCUCCUUCCUCCAGGCUUCAGCUAUAAGGCUGGAUGUAGUGACCCUUACCCUGUUCAGCUGAUCCCAACUACCAUGGCAGCUGCUGCCGCAGCAACACCAGGCUUAGGCCCACUCCAACUGCAGCAGUUAUAUGCUGCCCAGCUAGCUGCAAUGCAGGUAUCUCCAGGAGGGAAGCUCCCAGGCAUACCCCAAGGCAACCUUGGUGCUGCUGUAUCUCCUACCAGCAUUCAUACAGACAAGAGCACAAACAGUCCACCACCCAAAAGCAAGGAUGAAGUGGCACAGCCACUGAACCUAUCAGCUAAACCCAAGACCUCUGAUGGCAAAUCACCCACAUCACCCACCUCUCCCCAUAUGCCAGCUCUGAGAAUAAACAGUGGGGCAGGUCCCCUCAAAGCCUCUGUCCCUGCAGCGUUAGCUAGUCCUUCAGCCAGAGUUAGCACAAUAGGUUACUUAAAUGACCAUGAUGCUGUCACCAAGGCAAUCCAAGAAGCUCGGCAGAUGAAGGAGCAACUUCGGCGGGAACAACAGGUGCUUGAUGGGAAGGUGGCUGUUGUGAAUAGUCUAGGUCUCAAUAACUGCCGGACCGAAAAGGAAAAAACGACACUGGAGAGUCUGACGCAGCAACUGGCAGUUAAACAGAAUGAAGAAGGAAAAUUUAGCCAUGCAAUGAUGGAUUUCAAUAUGAGUGGAGAUUCUGAUGGAAGUGCUGGAGUCUCAGAGUCAAGAAUUUAUAGGGAAUCCAGGGGACGUGGUAGCAAUGAACCUCACAUAAAGCGUCCGAUGAAUGCCUUCAUGGUGUGGGCUAAAGAUGAACGAAGGAAAAUCCUUCAAGCCUUUCCUGACAUGCACAACUCCAACAUCAGCAAGAUAUUGGGAUCUCGCUGGAAAGCAAUGACAAAUCUAGAGAAACAGCCAUAUUACGAGGAGCAAGCCCGCCUCAGCAAGCAGCACCUGGAGAAGUACCCUGACUACAAGUACAAGCCCAGGCCGAAGCGCACGUGCCUGGUGGACGGCAAGAAGCUGCGCAUCGGGGAGUACAAGGCGAUCAUGCGGAACAGGCGGCAGGAGAUGCGGCAGUACUUCAACGUUGGGCAACAAGCACAGAUCCCCAUCGCCACCGCUGGAGUUGUGUACCCUGGAGCCAUCGCCAUGGCCGGCAUGCCCUCCCCUCACCUGCCCUCGGAGCACUCAAGCGUGUCGAGCAGCCCAGAGCCUGGGAUGCCUGUUAUUCAGAGCACUUACGGUGUGAAAGGAGAGGAGCCACAUGUCAAAGAAGAGAUCCAGGCGGAGGACAUCAAUGGAGAAAUUUAUGAUGAGUACGAUGAGGAGGAGGAAGAUCCAGAUGUUGAUUAUGGGAGUGACAGUGAAAACCAUAUUGCAGGACAAGCCAACUGA